AUGGUCGCGGAGAAUGUCGAGUUUCAGGUCUACAAAGGCAUUUUGAUGCACCACUCUCCUGUGUUCAAGAAAAUCCUCUCGCGCGCAUCAACCCCCAACUUUGCCUCUUCUGCGUCUUUUCCCAUUCCAGAAGUGCUGGUUGAACUCGAUGUCUUGAGUGGCUUGCCCAUCGUUACGGUGCAAGACGCCGCACGUGAUUGGCGCUACGCACUCCGUGCUCUCAUGGGAGACACGAUCGCUUCCCGUGUAACCGUAUGCGAGAUGCCAAAAAUCACCAGCGAGCAAGUCUUCGCGUUCAUCCGUCUCGGCCACAAGUAUCAAAUGGAAAGUCUUCGCCGAACCGGCUUGGAUUAUCUCAAGCACUACUUCACCUCCGACUUUGGCUGCUACUUAAGUUGUCACGUGUACACCAAUGGGGAUCUCAUGCGUGACCGGUUUGGAAACCAUGAUGCUAUUGGAGUCGCCAACCUCGCACGCCUCACAGGAGAGUUAUCACUGCUGCCGACCGCGUUACUUCUAUGCUGCCGCCUCGAUCUCCGGGACCUCCGAGAACAUGGACUACUGUACAGCGACGGUCAGAAGGAAGUACUUAACAAAGAAGACUGGCUUCACUGCUGCCAAGCCGCGCCGGAGAUCGUGCGUACCGUAGCCUCGACAGCCUGGGAGAUCUUCAAAACCUUGCCGGGCGAGUGCGAGCACGUAUUCGAAGGCAUUGGCUGCAUGGCGGAGAUCAGCAACCUUCGGGAUUCCGUCGUGCCGAAGCUGAUCGAAAGCUUGACGCGCACUAUGGAUCCCUUUUUGGGCAGAGUGGACAAACAAGACGACUGGAAGGAUGCAACGGAGAACAUGGCACCUCGUUGUCGGCAGCGCCUCUCUGAAGCGCUUCGUCGCCGGCGUGAAGCGGUUUGGGAGAUGUUGCCGUCGUUGUUCAACAUCGAGAUUGAGGACUGGGGCCUAGUAGAACCGAUAGUAUAA